AUGAUCAAAGGUGAAUACCAGUUGAUACCUUCCACCAUUGACCAACUGCCAGAGAUAGCCAAAGAUCCACAUGCUGUAGUGGUGUAUGACAAUUUCAACUUUAAGAAUUCUGUGCGAGACCAAGCAAUGGGCUUUUCCUGUUUUGUCAUGCACAACCUGAUGUCUGCUAUCAUAGUGGUGCCACCAUUUCUUCCUGAGGGUGGUCUCUUGCAGUCUAUGUUGAAUGUCAGCAAGCUAGUGUGUCUUGAAGACAUCAUCAAGUCUGUUGGUAUAACAAGAGAUGAGACUUCAGUACAAAUAUUGUCUUAUUUCAUCACACACAUGAUUGCCACUGUCCAUCUGUCUGCUGUCAAGUCUGUGUUUCACAGAAGCAACUCUAUGCCAUCCAUGCCAGUUGUUGAUUGCCUGCAACCCUCUGCAAUGUUCAGUGCUAUAUUCUACAAUAAGGGUACUAUUGAAGGGACAUGCAACAUUCACAAGAAGGUACAGUUGAAGAAACUGGCAAGACUGAUUUCUCUGAAAAUUCAGCAUGGAGUUGUUGAUAUUUAUUCAGUGUUCCCCAUUGUUCACACUUUAGUAACCCACCUCUCUAUAUUGGAUAUGGCAUCCUUGAGUGAAUGCUUACAUUCCAAGAGAAAGAAAAGGAUUUCUGCCAGGCUGAAUUCAUCCUCCAGAAUCUUCAACAAAAAUUCUGUUUUCAAUGUCAUGAUCAGCACUCAACCUUCCUGCAAAGAUACACCAUCAAUGGUGUUGAGGAGACCUGAGAGAGAUGAGCCUUGA